AUGGAAGUUAGGAAGAAGCCUAGUAGGACCAAUUCAAAUAUGAUGAAAUCAAAGAAACCACUGACGCAAACUGAGUUAGAGGAGCCCGAGAUUAUGGAACCUGAAGUUGUGACCACCUCUAAGCCUCCAGACCAUGGAACAAUGAAAGUACAGCUACCUCCAUUCCUUCAAAGACUGAAGAAGAAGCAAAACGAUGAAGUCUAUGGGAAAACAUACGAAGUCUGUUUGAAAAACUUGGAGAGGAUACUGAAAAGAUGCGAAGAGACUAAUCUGGUGCUGAAUUGGGAAAAGUGCCAUUUCAUGGUUAAAGAAGGAAUUGUGCUCAGGCAUAGGGUUUCAAAGGAUGGGCUAGAGGUGGAUAGAGAAAAAAUUGAGGUCAUAGAAAUACUUCCACCUCCAGCAAAUAUACAAGCUUUAAGGAGUUUCUUAGGACAAGUGGGGUUCUACAGACAAUUUGUGAAGAAAUUUUCUAAAAUAGCUCGACCGUUGAAUGCGUUGCUGGAAGCUGAUAGAACUUUUGACUUUGAUCCACACUGCCUCACCGUAUUCAAAAAAUUGAAGGACGCAUUGACUACAGUGCCUAUUUUGAUUUCACUCGAUGGGACAAAGCCAUUCGAGUUAAUGUGCGAUGCCAGUAGAUAUGCGAUGGGUGCAGUUUUGGCAUAG